CACGCGCUGCAAUGGGACGGCAAGAGCGAAUCUUGCGACCUUGUGUAGCUCCGUCCGUGGUGACGCAAGUCGACGACAAGGGGGCAAGCAUCGUGGAGUGUGUUCGAAAACUCCGGAGGUAUUCGGGCGACGUGGAGGCGCGCGGAUACUUCAAAAUAAGAGCCAGGCUUGAACGGCUUGGUAUGAUUUGGAUACAACCUGGGAUAUACCGAAGUCGAAGGGGAGCAGAUUAUUGGGGUCGCCGCGGGAGCGACAACUGGUCGGACCUGCCCAAGAGUCGUCGAUGACGGACAUCGACUCAGCGGUUCGCAAGCAUCGAAACUCCUCUUAAAAAUCGCCAUGGACGGUCGGAGAUUGUGCCUACUCGUCAGCGCCGCCUCGGCCAUCCUGACCUUCGGAAAUGCAACGCCACUCUCCGAGGCGAACGAGCCAAGAAAUUCGCAUCUACCACUGUUCGCGAGGGGACUGCCCCCGCAGCAGACAGAGGAGAGCUUGAGACGCAGCCUUGCCCAAUCUGGCUUCAAAAAUGUGCACUGCGACACUGUUAAUGGCUUCGUUCAUUGUCUUAGCGGCGGUUUCGACCACACCCCGACUGGAAACAUCAUCGCCACUGCGUUGGGAGUGGCCAUCGUCGUCAUUUGCGUUGCUGCGUUCGGAUGCUGCUGGUGGACCAUGAGUGGGAGGCGAAAGGAAAUGGCGGCCGCAGCGGCUGCCGUCCAGCAGAUGUCACAUCCGUCGCGGCGGCCUCCGGUCAGAGGAAACACGUACACCGGACUUUUCAACCAGAUGGCGAAACCGGCCACCAUCGGCAAUGGAUAUCACAUGCUCUGAAGAACUUAUUGACAAUUACUCGUUACGGCAAGCGUAGCAUAGUCAUAAGAUAUGUGAAUUUUUAUUUUGUUCAGCUUUUUUUAUGUAUAUAGUGUUCACAUGUUUUCUUUUGUUUUGGUAUGGAUCGUGAUGCACCACCGCUGUUGGUGAACGCCCUCAAUAAACAAACAAGCAAAUCAACAAACAAAGCAAGCGGUCCUGGACUAUCACUUUAGCUUGCAGAUUAAAAUCAACGCAACAUGCCACGAGGCAAGACAGGACACAUUCCAGAUGAAAAAAAAGGGGGAAAAAUGGGCAUAGCUUAUGUACCUAUUUCUUGUUGUUAUCUGUUUCCUCUCAGGAUGCAUAUGUUUUGACUCACCUUUGUGACUGAUUUGAUAUCUGACUUUUAUUUUAUUAUAUAUUUAUUAGUUUUCGUACUCUCAUGAUUUUUUUAUUCCAUUUGUACAUAUCAGUUCUUUGUUUAUCCCUCUCCCCCCCCUCCCCAUCACGACGGUAGGAAGCCAGCAUAAUUUGGUUAUAUACCUCCCCGUCUUUCUACAUUUCUAAUAAAGAAAAAAAAA